CGCUGCGUUGCGGUUUACGUGGACCUUAGCUCCAGCAGCGCCGGCGCUGCCACCGGCAAUUGAAAUAUUCCAGUGGCACACGCUCCAAUAGUACGCCAUGAGCCGCGUAAACGAUUGGAUGUAAACAGUUUCGAGUGCGCAUAACACCGCACAGCAUAGCAAAGCACGGCGAGCAAGCGACCGGCGUUUGUGAUUUGAAUGUGUAUGUGCAAACUUUAAGUUUUCAAUUGCGAUUUAAUUCAUAAAAUGAGUUGAAAUUAUAGUCAAAUGGAAGGCUGGAAAGUUGCGUUGAAGAACUAUAUGGACUAUACACAUAUGUACAUAAAUACAUAUACAUAUGCAGUGUUUGUCUUCAGUAUUUCUGGUUAAAAAAUCAACCGGCGAAGCGUAAUUUGAAACCUGUUUCCUCAGUUUUGCUCAAUGAUGCUGCACAAAUGCCGUCUCACUGGGAUUUUUGAAUACAAAAAUGCGGCAAAUAAAUUUUUCUAAACAAGAACAAAAAUUUGUGUAAAAUUCAGGCAAAAACAAAAUAUGAAAAACGAUACCAAAAGUAACAGUGAAUUCCAAUUGUGUUGUGGUAGCAAAUUCUUGCUACUUCCGGUAAAAAGUUCAACAAUUCAUAGAAUUCAAGAAAAUUGAAUAAGUAUAUGUAAAUAGCAAAAAUCAUGGCGAAUAUCAACCUUUCAACUUUGAUCUUCCACGAAUCUGAGGAAAACACAACCAGUGAUUUCAUUUUGAAUCUCAGCUCAACCACAACACCAAGCAUCAUCGAGCAAUCACUGGCGCUCUAUCAUAACCGGCGUCGCUUCUUGUUCAGCGGCAUUGUGCUGCUGCUCGGCGUUAUUGGCAACUCUUUGGCGCUGGCGAUUUUGGCGCGCAAAAAGACGACGAAGAACAGUAAAUAUACGCUGUUGUUGCGUUGCUUGGUGUCGAAUAACCUUAUCGGUUUGCUAGGCAUUUUAACAAUGCUAUUGCUUAAAAUAUAUGUACCCGAGGAUGAGUUCAAGGCGUACGUGCGUUGGGAUUGCACGCUGAAAGUUUUAUGUCGCUUCUUCGGACUUAGUUCCGGUUGUAUUGCGGCAGUGAUGGCGAUUGAACGUUUUAUGGCGCUAGCUAGACCAUUCAUUUAUCACAAGCACAUCACAUACGCGCUUGUGCGUAAAACCAUUAAUAUAUUGGUGUUUAUUGCCAUGGCCGUCACGUUUUUGCCCUUCACCGGUUUUGGCGCCUAUGUUGAUGAGACUAAUCCAACAAAUCCGAAAUGCUUGCGUUAUCGCGAUGCCGAGGGCUUUUGGAAUAAAACGUAUUCCGUGUUGUUUAUGUCUUUUGGCACCCUUUUGUGCGUCGUAAUUGUAGCUUGUAAUUUGUUCGUGAUGCGCGCUCUGUGUGUAAUCAGCCGCAAGCGUGCCAGCAAACGUCACAUCCACUACGACACGCUGAAUGGCGAGAAGAGCAGCAUACAUUGUACCGAAGGCAAAUCGAGCAGCAGCGGCUCAUUAUUGUAUCACCGCAGCAAUAGUGGCACCAUGACAGCCAAUACAUCCCCCGAUGAGAUUAAAUUCGCCAAACUGAUGGCGUUCCUCAGCAUCUCCUUCGUGAUCUGUUGGAUGCCACAAAUGAUUGCCAUACCAAUGGCUAUUUUACCGAACCGUGUGCCGAAGGCGCAUCCCUUCUUCAUUUUGGCCGAUGUGCUGACGGCAUUGAAUUUCACCUUCGACCCAUACAUCUAUGUGCUAAGCCGCACGAAGCAGUCCCAUUUAAUGUGUUGCAUUAAAGACUGUCGCUGCUAGUUGUGAUCUUCACAAACUGAGAGACUGAGGAGUCUGGCGAAGGAGUGGCUACUGGAAGAGUUGCAGUUAAACCAAUUGAAAUUUUAUACAUGAUAGUCUGCUGUUGGGGCCUUUAUACAACAGGUUUAUAUACACAAAUAUAUAUGUAUGUAUAUUUUAAAUGAUUUUAUAUAUUAUAAUUCAAAACAAUUUCGUUUAAAUACUCGAAACUUCGCGAGGUAAAACAUCGAGCUUUUAAUAAAUGUAAAUUAAGUUUAAAUGGAGAUGUGUAGUUACCGUUAGAAAAGCUUGCACCGCUGGCGGUGUAAUUCGCACUUUUUAUUUUGAGUUGCUUUGAGAAUAAAAGCUUCUUUAGUGAAAUUGCACUUAAGAUUUAUUUUAAAUUGUAGAAAGUGCAUGUAAAUUCGCAUAAUUGAGAUAUUGUUGGCAAAUUUUAUUGGCGUUGAAUAUAUUUCUAUAAAAAAAUAUAAUAUGUUUAUGUGUAUAAAUAUUUAUUAGUUUCGUAAGCUAUGUACGAAACUUGAUUUUUGCUAAUUUGUAAGAUGCAAAUGUCUUUGAAAUAACAAUCUUUAUGUAUAUAUAUUUUGAGUGUAUGCAAAUAAAAAUUAUUUUUGAAAACAAAA